AUGUCCGACCAGACAAAUUCUCGGUUCACGCCGUCGAACAAGACAGUGACGGAGCGAAUCUCGGACAGCACCGUUGGCCUCGUCGCACUCUCCGAUUUCCGCAAGCGACGCGCCGAAGUCCUCGACCAGCAGGACCGCGAACGAGAAGCCGCCUUGUCCGGCGCAUCCACCCCCGACCGAUCCAUAUCCGCGACGCCAGAUCCCGCGAGCGACUCUGCCGGCAUUCCAAGCAAACCGAAGAAGAAAAAGAAGAAAAUCGGCGGCAGCAAGCUGUCCUUUGGCGACGAUGAAGAGCCCGAAGAAGACUCGGUGCCAAUAAAAAAGAGCGGCAAGGCUGAGGGCGGCGACGGCGACAAGCCAGUGGCAAAGGCCAAGGUCGUCGCCAAUUCGUCCGUGGCAUUUGUGCCAAAGGUCAUGUCCAAGGCUGCGUUGCGCCGCGAAGCUGCCGAGCGGGAGGCCCUGCGCCGCGAGUUCCUGGCCAUCCAAGAGGCAGUCAAGGCCACCGAGAUCGCGAUCCCCUUCGUCUUCUACGACGGUUCCAACAUACCGGGCGGCACGGUGCGCGUUAAGAAGGGCGACUACAUUUGGGUCUUCCUGGACAAGAGCCGCAAGGUCGGCGCGGAGCUAGGCGUGGGAGAAAAGGCAAACGCUCGCAGGGAAUGGGCACGAGUAGGGGUCGACGAUUUGAUGCUUGUCAGGGGAUCCAUCAUCAUUCCUCAUCACUAUGAGUUCUACUUCUUUAUCCUCAACCAGAGCGCGGGCCCGGGUGGCCAACUGCUGUUCAACUACAGCGCCGAAGCUCCGCCCAGGAAAGACCUGCCCGAGCCUGAGGAAGCACCCGCGGCGCCGAACGGCGGGCUUACCACCGCGGCGGCGCUCAAGGCUGCAGCAGUGAAGGCGCUGCCUGACAUCAACACCCUCGAGGGUGCGACCGACGACCCUACGCUGACGAAAGUGGUGGAUCGCCGCUGGUAUGAGCGCAACAAGCAUAUCUAUCCGGCGAGCAUGUGGCAGGAGUUCGACCCCGAGAAGGAUUACAACUCGGAAGUUCGGAAGGAUGCCGGCGGGAACACGUUCUUCUUUUCGAGAUGA